AACAAGCCAGUCUGCUCGGAAGGAAGUGACAUGCUCUCCUCCACUACACACUCUGGGAGAUUAGCGCGCGGCCAGCUGUAAUCCUGUUCAGGACCACGGCCAGAGACACCCUUUUACCCAUGAAUCCUCACUAAAGUUGCCCCGCUGUGCUUUUUUCAGCGAACCUCUACGAACCCGAGCGGGAUUUAAAGAAGUUCGUCCAGAUUCCCGGAGGAGGAGUGGAUCUAAAAAAAUGUUUUUGAUUUUUAAAGGAACCAGAAGAAACCUGUAAACGCCGGGACAACUAGUUCUCCAAGCUACAAUCCUGGGAACUUUUAACUAAACGAAGCUGAUGACCAAUUAAUAAUAUAUUUUUUUUAUUUAUGUGACUGAGCCGCACGAAGGAGAAGAGGCUGUGCGCUCGGACCCGGAGCCGUCAGGAUGGAGAUCCGGCCGGACAGGUUCAAAGCUGUGGCAGCUAAGACUCUGGGGAAGAUAUACGGGGCACUAGAAAAGAAACAGGAAAAUGGUGAAACCAUUGAGCUGUCGGCUGAGGGUCGGCCUGAGCUGGUGCAGGAGAAGGAGAUGCCGGUGGUGGACUGCACGUGCUUCGGCCUGCCCAGGCGCUACAUCAUCGCCAUCCUCUCUGGUAUUGGCUUCUGCAUCUCCUUUGGAAUCAGGUGCAACCUGGGUGUAGCCAUUGUCAGCAUGGUCAACAGCCACACCAUCUUCAGGGACAACAAGGAGGUCGUAGUGAAAGCCCAGUUCAACUGGGAUCCAGAGACAGUGGGGAUGAUCCAUGGCUCCUUCUUCUGGGGAUACAUAGUAACCCAAAUCCCUGGAGGGUUCAUUUGUCAAAAGUUUGCAGCAAACAGAGUUUUUGGCUUUGCUAUUGUUGCCACGUCAUGCCUGAAUAUGCUCAUCCCUACAGCAGCACGAAUGCACUUUGGCUGCGUGAUCAUUGUCAGGAUAUUUCAAGGACUGGUGGAGGGCGUUUCAUAUCCGGCUUGUCAUGGUAUUUGGGCAAAAUGGGCUCCUCCUCUGGAGAGAAGUCGCUUGGCCACAACUGCCUUCUGUGGCUCUUAUGCAGGUGCUGUGAUUGCCAUGCCUUUAGCUGGAAUACUUGUCCAGUACUCAGGAUGGUCUUCAGUCUUCUACGUCUACGGAAGUUUUGGUGUGAUGUGGUACUGCUUCUGGGUCCUGGUUUCGUACGAGAGUCCUGCGGCUCACCCCACCAUCACAGAAGAGGAGAGGAUCUAUAUAGAGGAGAGCAUCGGCGAGUCAGCUCAGCAUACAGUAACGAAGUUUAACACACCAUGGAGAGCCUUCUUCACCUCUAUGCCAGUGUACGCCAUCAUUGUUGCUAAUUUUUGCAGAAGCUGGACUUUCUAUUUGCUUCUCAUCAGCCAGCCUGCAUACUUUGAGGAAGUGUUUGGGUUUGAAAUAAGCAAGGUGGGAAUACUAUCUGCGCUUCCUCAUCUGGUAAUGACCAUCAUUGUGCCUAUUGGAGGCCAAAUCGCUGAUUAUCUGCGUUCUAAUCAGAUCAUGACGACCACAAAUGUCAGAAAGAUGAUGAACUGUGGAGGGUUUGGGAUGGAGGCCACCCUCCUGCUGGUGGUUGGCUUCUCGCACACAAAGGGCGUCGCCAUCUCGUUCCUGGUGCUGGCUGUUGGGUUCUCUGGUUUUGCCAUUUCAGGUUUCAAUGUCAACCACCUUGACAUUGCACCUCGAUAUGCUAGUAUCCUCAUGGGUAUAUCCAACGGUGUGGGCACUCUGUCCGGCAUGGUUUGCCCACUCAUAGUUGGUGCAAUGACAAAAAAUAAGACGCGGGAGGAGUGGCAGGGUGUUUUUCUGAUUGCCUCGCUCGUUCAUUAUGGAGGUGUUAUAUUCUAUGGGAUCUUUGCCUCAGGAGAGAAACAAGCCUGGGCCGAACCAGAGGAGCUCAGCGUUGAGAAGUGUGGCAUCCUUGAUGAAGACGAGCUUGCAAAUGAGACAGAGGAACUGUAUCGUACAAGUGGUGGAGUUGGUUAUGGAGCCACAAACCAGGUGUCAGAUCCCAACGGAGGAGGUGGGGGCUGGGUUUCAGACUGGGACAAAACUGAAGAGUACGUCCAACCAGCUGGAACCAAUAAUUAUCUUUAUGGAGGAGAGGGCAACCGAGACUUCUCAUAGAACCAGCAGAUGUUUAGUUCAUCCUAACAGAGAAGCACAAACACUUUAUCACCAAUGUGGAAUCUCACUGUGAAGGAACUUGGACAUCACUGAAGUGGACUUCUCAGGAAGUUUGAAAGUUGAAUUUAUUUCAAAAAGACAUUUAAAGCGAAGACAAUAGUCCAUAAAAUGUGUUUAUGUGAUGAAACAGCAGCCUUUUUGCAAAGUUUUGUUGGAAUCAGGCUUUUUUUUCUUUAGGCCUGAUGAGGCAUCCAUCUUUAAAAGGUAGACGGGCCCAUAUUUUCCGUCAUGACUUAGUAUUGAUUUGUUUUAUUCAUUUAAAUUUGUUUUCUUGUAGAUCACAUUUUUUUAAUGUACUUAUAUGUCACAGUCUCUGCUUCAAAACAGCCUGGUUAGAAACAGCCCAAUUCCAGAUAUAUUGCUAACCCCUCCCUGAGUCAAAAUGGACUGAUUAAGGCCUGGGUUGAUUUUUAAACCACAAGGUUGAUUAAUGCGUUUGACCAUGUGUAAGGGAUUAGGUUUUUAUAAUCUUAGAUUAGGUCCAGCCGUCAAGAGGUUGGUUAUACCGUACUAGUCCAUCACAGGUUUAGUGAAAGCUCACAGCAAACAUAAACAUUCACAUUGCACACAUACCAAGAUAUAUUCCUCUAGCAUGCAUGUUUUUAGAUUGUAUACUAUUACAGAAUCUAGAUAUGCACAGGAAGAAAAUGACAUCUCCUCACAGAAAGACCCCAGAUUGAAUUCUUCUGAAAAUAAAAACAAAAAUAUUGUAA